AAAACCUCUUCCAUCUAAAACACUAUCCCCGACUACGGCUUCUCUCUCUAGAGCUCUCUGGUUUUAGGGUUCUUCGUUGCCGAUCUACUUUUCAAUACUUCAAAUCAUCACUCUAGGGUUUUCAAUCAUACUGCAAAGAUGGCUCGUAACGAAGAGAAAGCGCAGUCGAUGCUCAAUCGAUUCAUUACUAUGAAAGCCGAGGAAAAGAAGAAGCCAAAGGAGCGUCGUCCUUACCUCGCUUCAGAAUGUCGCGAUCUAGCAGAGGCAGACAAAUGGAGACAGCAGAUCAUGCGUGAGAUUGGCCGAAAAGUAGCCGAGAUCCAGAACGAAGGCCUUGGUGAACAUCGACUUCGAGAUAUCAACGAUGAGAUCAAUAAACACAUACGUGAGAAAUUUCACUGGGAACGUCGAAUCGUGGAGCUUGGAGGACCGAAUUACACAAGAUCUAUGGCUAAAAUGACUGAUUUAGAUGGUAAUAUUAUUGAUGUACCAAACCCUAGCGGUCGUGGUCCUGGCUACCGUUAUUUCGGUGCUGCUAAGAAACUUCCCGGUGUGAAAGAACUGUUUGAUAAGCCUCCUGAGCUUCGAAGACGGAGAAAUCGACAUGAUAUAUAUAAGAGAAUUGAUGCAAGGUAUUAUGGAUAUAGGGAUGAUGAAGAUGGUAUUCUUGAGAAGUUGGAGGGACCUGCUGAGGAGAGGAUGAGGAGAGAGGCGGUGGCGGAGUGGAAAGCUAUGGAAGAGAUUAAGAGGGAGGCGAGAAAGGGGGUGAAAAGUGGGGAAGAAGCGGUUGUGGCUCCAUCGUUGGCUGCAAAGAUUUUGUAUGAGGAGGAAGAGGAUGUUGUGGAAGAGGAGAGGCAAGAGAAGGAGAAGGCGGAGAGGGAGAAAGAAGAGUUUGUGGUGCAUGUUCCAUUGCCGGAUGUGAAAGAGAUUGAAAGAAUGGUGGUGGAGAAGAAGAAGAAAGAGCUUUUGAGCAAAUACACUAGUGAGAAUCUUUUGGAUGAGCAAACUGAAGCUAAAUCUAUGCUUAAUAUUCAUCAAUAGAUGGUGAUAAAAUACGAGUGAAGAUCCUGUUGAGUUAGAAGAAAUGCAGACAUAUGCGAGCAAUUGACGAGGAAGAGGAGAAGGGUAUGAUCAGUAUUCAGCAUUUGAUGGUAACACCACCACCCAUUAAUCUUGUAGCUUUUCACAUCAAUUAUGGUUUGCAUAUUUACCUUGUAUAACUUAGAACUUUUCUAGUUAUAAUGGUGAUAACAGUAUUAUAAUUGCUUAGCUGCAUAUAACAACAAUAUAGUUGAACAAUGCUGAUGGGAUUUGAAAGCUGAUAUCCAUGUUUUUUAGUCACUAGAUA